AUGACGUGCUGUGAGGGGUGGACGUCCUGCAAUGGCUUCAGCCUGCUGAUUCUGAUUAUUCUAGGAGUAGUUAUCAAUUGUAUUCCUCUGGGUAUCAGCUUAGUGGAGGGAGAUUCGGCUUCUCAAAACCCCAUCUCUUGCUAUGAGUGGUGGUUACCAGGAAUUAUAGGAGCCGGUGCACUGGCCAUCCCAGCAACAACGAUGUCCUUGGCUUCGAGAAAAAGAGCGUGCUGCAAUAACAAGACAGGGAUGUUUCUUUCAUCGCUCUUAAGUGUAAUCACAAUCAUUGGUGCGGUGUAUUGCAUGUUGGUAUCACUCCAGGCUCUCUCGCAAGGUCCUCUUAUUUGUAGCUCUCAAGCCAACAGCACCGUCUCUUGUGAAUUCUCAUUGAAAAACUUAAGUGACUUCCAUCCUGAAUCCUUCAGUCUGCAGUGGUUCUUCCAAGACUCUUGUGUUUCUCCUACUGGUUUAAAAAACUCCAGCAUCAGUGACAUCAUCAAUAACUGGAGCAUACCCAACUCUAACUCUGAAGAAGACAGACACAGGAUUUUCCACUUCUCAGUAUUUCUCAGUCUCCUGCUUGUUGGAAUUCUUGAGCUCCUGUUCGGGCUCAGUCAGAUACUCAUUGGUUUCCUUGGCUGUCUGUGUGGUGUCUCUAGAAGAAGGAGUCAAAUUGUGUAGCUUAAAGGGUAAUAAACCAGAAUAUCAGUACUUUGAAUAAUUUGAAAAUUGCAUUUAAAAUAUAUGCUUUUAUAAGUUCAAUGAUGAAGCAUCAUCUGGAACACCAUGUCAUUUUAGUGCAAAAGUUGUUUUGAAAUCGUCUCUGAAGCAACUUUACAAAACAACCAGUCUAUCAAACUAGACCAGAGUGGCACAUGCCUUUAAUCCCAGCACUCAGAGGCAGAGUCAGGCAAAUCUGAGUUCGAGGCCAGCCUGGUCUACAGAGCAAGUUUCAGGACAGUUAGGACUACAUAGAGAAACUCUGUGUCAUGGGCAGUUGGCAGUUGUGAGCUGCCCCUAGUGGGUGUUGAGAACUAAAAACAAAGUCAAAAUCAUUAAAACAAACAAAUCAACCUUUCACAUAUAAAGCAUAUUGUACAUGCUUUAUGGAAAAAAAAGUCAUCAGUGGUUGGUAUUGGGGAGAAGACAGCCAAGCUUUUUUGUUUUUUCCCUGUGAGUUGAAAAAAGUUCUUAGACCUGACAAUACUUUGAUGGUUAUAGAAGUAGGUAUCUUAGUCUUAAGAAAUAUUUAUAUGUUUAGCGAGGAAGGCCAUGUUUUUAAAAUACUUUACCCCCAAACCUGAAGUUGACAGAAAAACUGCUGUAUUUAGCUGAUAGGCACAUGGCAAUUCAUUCUACUCUUUCUUUUGUUUGUAUCUUUUCAUGAUUUAUGAUAAUACCUUGAAAAAAAAUCAGUCUUUUCAAAGCUGGUUUCUAUUUAUGCUGAUCUUUAAAAGGUAACAAAAUGUAUUUAUUGUAUCAAUAUGUUAUGGAACAGAGAAAACUAAAAACCUACAACUUUCUGAAUGUUAUCACUCCUGCAAUUGAUUUCCAUUUUUAUCUCAAUCUUACUGGGCUUCUGAUUUUGAAAGUGGGCUGGAGAGAUGGCUCCUCGGGCAAGCACUUACUCCUCCUGCAGAGAACUGAAGUCUGCUUCCCAGCAGCCACACUGGCAUCUCACAGCAGCCUGAAACGCUAGCUCCAGGGAUCCAGGACCCUCUUCUAGACUCCAGGGCAACUAUGCACACACACAUACAAAUAAAUAACUCAGCCUUAGAAAGUG